GUCUUAGUGCCCGGAUGUUGCGGACGGAGAAGGUGCUGCUGCUGCGCGGCCCGCAAGGCCGCUCCGUGCGGGUCGUGCGCGAGCACUACUUACGGUCCCACGUGCCCUGCGGCAGCGCCCUCUGCCGGGCGGGCUGCCCCAGAGAUGGGAAAUUGCUCUCCGAUGAUGCGACCCAUUACGUGGUUCCGGACUGGAAGGCGGUGCAAGAUUACCUGGAAAUCCUGGAAUUCCCUGAGAUGAAGGGCAUCGUCUUCAUGCAGACGGCCUGCCAAGCCAUGCAACACCAGAGGGGCCGCAGACAAUACAAUAAACUGCGGAAUUUAGUGAGAGACGCCCGUCACGAUUGCGUUAUGUUUUUUAAUGAAUUCCAGCUGCUUUCGUAUUUGCCGAGAGAGAAGGGGGAACCUUUGGAAAAGUGGCAGACACGGAGCAUCUACAAUGCCUGCGUGUGGUACCACAACCACUUUUCGGGACGGAUGCCCAUAGUCAUGGUAACAGAUGAUGAGGAUGCCAUCAAGCAGCUCGGAAGUGAGACAGAAGGCGUGUUUGUGAUUUCGUUUAAGGAUUAUCUGGACAACUUCUGGCCUGACCUGAAAGCAGCACAUGAGCUCUUUGAGUCGGUGCUGCAGUCGCGGCGUGAGAGUGAAGGCCAGGAGAGCGGCGGGAAGGAGUAUGCGGAACACAUCCCCCCGGAAGCCCUGGUUGCUGGGAUCAAGUCCGGCAGGUUCCUGCAGGGAGUCCUGAAUGUGAACAAACACCGGGCGCAAGUGGAAGCCUUUGUGCGGCUGCAAGGAUCCAGCAACAAAGAGAAAGAUCUCACAACUGACGUCCUCAUCCACGGCACCAAAGCACGCAACAGGGCUAUCCACGGGGAUGUGGUCGCAGUUGAAUUGCUGCCGCGGAGUGAAUGGAAGGGCCGGACAGCCGCCCUCUGUGAGAAUGAGGCCGAGGACAAGACCUCCGGGGAGGCUUCUGGUGAACCCAUGCCCACAGGGAAAAUCGUCGGCCUCCUGCAGAAGAACUGGCGCGACUUUGUGGUCACGUUUCCAUCCAAGGAGGAGAGCCAGUCUCACGGCAAAGCUGCUCAGAAGGUCCUGGUCACACCGUGGGAUUACCGGAUCCCCAAGAUCAGGAUCAGUACGCAGCAAGCCGAAGCCCUGCAGGACUUCCGCGUUGUUGUGCGCAUCGAUUCCUGGGAGUCAACAUCCCUGUAUCCAAACGGGCAUUUUGUGCGGGUUUUGGGGAGGAUUGGAGACCUCGAGAGCGAGAUCCAAACCAUCUUGGUGGAAAACAGCAUCUCUGUGAGCCCCUUCUCCGAAGCACAGAUGUGCGAGAUGCCGUCCGUCAUCCCCGAAAAACCAUGGGAAGUGUCUCCGGAGGAAGAGCGGAGGCGCAUAGACCUGCGCAACACACAUUUAGUGUUCAGCAUCGAUCCGGAAGGCUGUGAAGAUGUGGAUGACGCGCUCUCGAUCCGGAAACUACCCAACGGAAACUUGGAGCUGGGUGUCCACAUUGCCGACGUCACUCACUUUGUGGCUGCGGGUUCUUACACUGAUAUCGAAGCCAGAGCUAGGGCCACUACUUACUAUCUAGCCGACCGGCGUUACGACAUGCUGCCUGCUGUCUUGAGUGCCAAUUUGUGCUCUCUUCUUGGAAAUGUUGACAGGUACGCGGUGAGUGUCCUGUGGGAGCUGGACGAAGCUUCCUGCGACAUCAAGCAGGUCUGCUACAAGCGGAGCAUCAUCCGCUCCUCCUUCCAGCUCUCCUACGAGGUGGCCCAGGCAUUGCUGGACGGGGACCUGAGUGUGGUGAAGAACCUCCCAGAGCUGGUGGGCUUCCCGGAUGGCGGAGCAAGGGCCCGGAAGGUGGAGGAGCUGUGCUGGGCUGUGGGGCGGCUGGCGGAGGUGGCGCGACGCAUGCGGGCCCGGCGGGACUGCCUUGGAGCCCUGGAGCUGGAAGGGGUGGAGGUCCGAGUCCAGCUGGAUGCCCAGAAGAAUAUCGGGGACCUGGUGCCACGGCAGCCACUGGAGGCCCAUGAGGUGGUGGCCGAGUGCAUGAUCCUGGCCAAUCACUGGGUUGCGAAAGAGGUCUGCGGGCGCUUCCCUCAUCGGGCCCUCCUGCGCCAGCACCCUCCGCCACGACAGGAGUUCUUCACCGAGCUCCGGCAAUGCGCCACCGCCAAAGGCUUUGCCAUAGACACCCGGUCGAACAAGGCGUUGGCGGAGUCCCUGGACCGAGCGGACGACCCCUCUGACCCUCUUGUGAACCGGCUCCUGAGGUCGAUGGCCACCCAGGCCAUGUCCAACGCUGUUUACUUUUCAACCGGCUCCUGCCCUGAAGAAGAGUUUGCUCACUACGGUCUUGCCCUGGAUAAAUACACGCACUUCACGUCCCCCAUCCGGAGGUAUGCCGAUAUUGUAGUCCACCGGCUGUUGUUGGCCACCCCUUCGGAAGCAGAUCAAGUGGGGUCCAAAGGCGGCUUCCUGGGAAACAAGGAGCUGGAGGAACUCUGCAGACACGUCAACAACAGGAACCGGGCCGCCCAGCAUGCGCAGAAACAGUCCACCGAGCUUUUCCAGUGCAUGUAUUUCAAGGACAAGGGCCAGGAAAGGGAAGAGCAGUGCACCGCGGACGGAGUGGUCUACUCCAUCCGGACCAACGGCGUCUUGGUUUUCGUUCCUCGGUAUGGAAUCAAAGGUGCGGCUUACCUCAGAAAUAAGGAAGGGCUGGUCCUUGCUUGCCAGAAAGACGGGACCUGCGAAUGGAAACCAGGCUCACUCCAGCGUUUUCCCAGCAGAAUCACCUCCACGCCUGCCAAUGGAGAUUCCGUGACUCUGAACCUGUUCAACCACGUGACCGUCAAGAUCUCAGUGCAGACUUCUCGCUGCCAUGCCGACACCAUCCGGCUCCAGAUCACAAGCUGCAGGCCUCACCAGGCACCAGUCGGAGACCCGUCUCAAGGCUCUCAGGUGUCCAGAACAGAUUUGGUGAGGGAAGUCACCAGGACGGCAGCAGCGGAAGAGGCUCUGUUUGCGCAUGGAAAAUCCCAGGCAGAGAAGGCAGAGGAGGAAGGAUGUGCAGAGUAUCGCCAGACGCAGGGUUCGAACUUGUACCAGCUUUUGGAGGAAAUCAAGGACUUGGCUUUGAUGGAUGUGUCUGCAAAUAGCGGGGCUUGAAACAUCCAUUUCAUACAGUUAUCUCAUUUGGCUAGCUUUGUUUACAUGUUUUGUUUUGUUUUUAAAAAGACUGGGGAUGUCUGGGAAUGUUUUUAAUUGACGUUACUCUGUAAUUAUAAUUUAAAACACCAUUCAAAUAUUGGAAUGACAAUGGAAAGUACUAUUGGCUUGGGUGAAGUAAAGAAAACUGUAAAUAUAUCCAACAUAUGUCUCAGGGAGGAAGUAUUAAAAUAAGUGAGAGCCA